AUGCUGGAAUGUGCGAUUUUCAUAUCUCGUACUAGUGGCUGGCGGGGUGUGGGGGAAAUGGGCCGCCGGAUUCGGUACAGUCGGCCAAAGGCUGCCCUGCCAGAGAAGCUGCUAGACUUUCUUUGCACCCGCUUCUCUUACCUCUCACGGGAUGAAUGGAUUAAACAUAUGGCGGCGGGGCACCUGUCGGUUGUCAGCGCCAGCGACAGUAAUGCCGUAACAACCUCCGGAGAAUACGUAUUGCGCCAAAAUGACGAGAUUUAUUUUAACCCACCACGCGAACUUGAGCCAGACGUUGACGAAUACAUUCAUGUUGUGCACGACGACGACGCCGUUAUUGUGUGUGUCAAGAACGGCAAUCUUCCGGUGGCAGAAGGAGGACGCUAUUCCGGCAACACGCUGGUAGGCCUUCUUGAGCGACGCGACGCGGUGUCCUUUGUUUCUGAGAAGUAUUCGGCGGCGCGUCAAAAAAUGGAUCAAACGAGGGAGGAGGACGGGGAUGCGGGGGUCUCAGUGCAUAAAGUGCCCGCAUCGUAUUAUCCCAUUCACCGCCUGGACAAGGAGACGACUGGAUUAGUUGUGUUGGCGAAGCAGUUGGCGGCGGCAAGAGCCCUCUCCAGACAGUUUGAGAAGCAGUCUGAGCGAAUCACGGCGCAAGUUUCAAAGCGGACGGACCCUGCUGGAGACGGACUUAGUACAGCGGUCUUUGAGAAACUUCUGGCGGAAGAGAAAGUUGUUACCAAAGUAUAUGUUGCUGUGUUGGCUGGUGCAGGUCCUGAAGGGGCCGAUUUCGUCAUGUGCGACCGUAUUGGUUUGCUUUUUGACAGCCUUUGGAAUGAGGGCGACACGGAAGAUGCGAAGAAGCACAACAAAUUAAAGAAAUUGAAGAUGGCAUGCUUCCCAGUGAAUUUAAAGGAAAAUCCAAAGCGACACGGUCGCCCAGCAGCCUCUCGGGUUCGUAUUCUUAGCAGUGACAAAAAACUCGGCGUCUCGGUUGCACGCGUGGAUAUUCUCACAGGACGAACACAUCAAAUACGGAUACAUUGUGCUCAACUGGGCUACCCCGUGCUUGGCGAUAAGUUAUACGAGACUACCACACCCGGCGUGGUGGGAGGCUGCUGCGCUGUUCCGGAUGACACGUAUAUUGCGAGAGCGAAGGGAAAUGAGGGUUUAGUAAGCGCGGCGGCGCCGCGUUUGCGCGUGAAGCGACAUCUUUUGCACGCUGCGGUGCUGUCGUUCCUGCAUCCCAUCAGCGAGGAGCGUUUGAUGUAUUUCGCUGAUCCACGUGAGUGGUUCCUUCGUGAUGUCAUGGAAGAAGAGGGAGCAGAAGGAGAUGCGGUAAAAACAACUGCAGGUGGAAGCCGUUCAGCUCUUGAGGCGCUGCGGCAGCUCUUGGACAGGGCGGUGGGUGCGUUGGGACUUUGA